AUGCAAGGAGGAUGUAUAGCUAAUAUAGGAUCUUGUAAUACAGGGUUUGAUUCUGCAAACGUAACAAAGAAAUUGAGAACAAAAUGAUCGGAACUCGCUAAUAGGAGAGGAGAGAAAAACAAAGCAAUGCCAACAACUACGUCAUUCCGUUGUUCAUCGAUAGACGAAACUCUCUCUUUGUCAUCUCGUGACAUAUGCAAUAAGGAACUCAUUCUUUUUUCCCUGGCCAUGUGA